AUGAAUGUCAAGGUAGUCCUCGUGUUCCUGGCCCUGUCCCUCAUUACCAUCUUUGCCCUGGCCUAUGUCUUGCUGUCCAGCCAAGGGGGUUCCAGCCAACCUCCCCGCUGCCCCUCUGUAUCCCACAGUGCCCAGCACUGGACACACCCUGGCCAGAGCCAGCUGUUUGCAGACCUGAGCCCAGAAGAGCUGAUGGCUGUGAUGAGCUUUCUGACCCAGAAGCUGGGGCCAGGCCUGGUGGAUGCAGCCCAGGCCCUCCCAUCAGACACCUGUGUCUUCUCCGUGGAGCUGCAGCUGCCCCCCAAGGCUGCAGCCCUGGCUCACCUGGACGGGGGGAGCCCCCCACCCGCCCGGGAGGCACUGGCCAUCGUCUUCUUUGGCGGACAGCCCCAGCCCAACGUGAGUGAGCUGGUGGUGGGACCACUGCCCCACCCCACCUACCUGCGGGAUGUGACUGUGGAACGCCAUGGGGGCCCCCUGCCCUAUCACCGACGCCCCAUGCUGAGAACUGAGCUUGCCCAGAUGUGGAAGCACGUGAAAGAGGUGGAGCUACCCAAGGCACCAGUCUUCCUGGCUUCGGUCUUCAACUACAACGGCUCCACCUUGGCCCCUGUGCAGGCCACUCCCAGUGGCUUGCGCUCAGGGGACCGUACUACCUGGCUAGCCCUCCACCAUAACGUCUCGGGUGUUGGGAUUUUCCUACACCCAGUGGGGCUGGAGCUACUGCUGGACCACAGGGCCCUGGACCCUGCUCGCUGGGCUGUCCAGCAGGUCUUCUACCUUGGACGCUACUAUGCAGACUUGAGCCAAUUGGAAUGGGAGUUUAAGGCUGGCCGGCUGGAAGUGGUUAGAGUUCCUCUGCCCCUGCCAAAUGGGGCUUCAUCCCUGAGGUCUCGGGUCCCCCCAGGUCCUCUCCCACCGCUUCAGUUCUCACCCCAGGGCCCCCAAUACAGCGUCCAAGGGAACCUGGUGGUGUCCUCCCUCUGGACAUUCACUUUUGGUCAUGGGGUGUUCAGUGGCAUGAGGAUUUUUGACAUCCGGUUCCGGGGUGAGCGAGUAGCCUAUGAAGUCAGUGUCCAGGAGUGUGUGUCUGUCUAUGGUGCUGAUUCACCCAAGACAAUGAUGACCCGAUACUUGGAUAGCGGCUACGGACUUGGCCGAAACAGCCGGGGCUUGGUGCGGGGCGUGGACUGCCCCUAUCAGUCUACAAUGGUGGAUAUCCAUGUAUUCGUGGGCAAAGGGGCCGUCCAGCUGCUCCCAGGGGCUGUGUGUAUAUUUGAGGAGGCCCAAGGACUACCCCUUCGAAGGCACUACAAUCACGUCCAGAGUCAUUUCUACGGUGGUUUGGCCAGCUCAGCUGUUGUAGUCAGGUCUGUGUCAUCUGUAGGCAACUAUGACUACAUCUGGGACUUUGUAUUUUACCCAAAUGGGGCGCUUGAAGGGCGGGUCCAUGCCACAGGCUUUGUCAACACAGCUUUCCUGAGUGGGGGAGAGGGAAGCCUCCUCUUUGGGAACCGUGUGGGGGAACGAGUGCUGGGGACGGUGCACACGCAUGCCUUCCACUUCAAGCUGGACCUGGAUGUGGCAGGGCUGAAAAACUGGGUGGUAGCUGAAGACGUGGUGUUUAAACCUGUGGCAGCCCCUUGGAGUCCAGAGCACCAACUUCAGCGUCCACAGCUGACUCGCCAGGUCCUGGGAAGGGAGGAUCUGACAGCUUUUCCAUUGGGAAGUCCCCUUCCUCGCUACAUUUACCUGGCUGGCAACCAGACUAAUGCCUGGAGUCACCAGCGCGGGUACCGAAUCCAGAUCCACAGCCCCCUCGGCAUACACAUGCCCCUGGAGAGUGACAUGGAGAAGGCCCUCAGCUGGGGGAGAUACCAGCUCGCGGUGACCCGGAGGAAAGAGGAGGAGUCACAGAGCAGCAGCAUCUAUUACCAGAAUGACAUCUGGACACCCACUGUUGCCUUUGCUGACUUCAUCAAUAACGAGACUCUCUUAGGAGAGGACCUGGUGGCCUGGGUUACAGCCAGCUUCCUACACAUCCCCCAUGCCGAGGAUAUCCCCAACACAGUGACUGUGGGGAACAGAGUCGGCUUCUUGCUUCGACCCUAUAACUUCUUUGAUGAGGACCCCUCCAUCUUCUCCCCUGGCAGCGUCUACUUUGAGAAGGGCCAGGAUGCCGGGCUCUGCCAUGUCAACCCUGUGGCCUGCAUCCCUCACCUGGCAGCCUGUGUCCCAGACUUGCCCCCUUUCUCUUAUCAAGACUUUUAA